AUGGCUCCUCCGGUGGUCGCCCCACCCCCUGCUCCCCGACCAGCCCCGGUAGUCCUCCCACCGGGCAUUCCCAUGGAGAUCGACCGAACCCGAGCCCGCAGCAGUGUCCGUCGCACAUGCUUCCGAUGCGGCAGCCCAGGACAUUUGGCCCGAGACUGCCCGACCCCCGCUGAUGUCCGGCACACCGACGUCCUGGACGAAGUGAUCAAUCAACUGGGAAGCGACCUGUUGGCGGAAUUAGUAGCCCGGGUAGCAACCACGGCGGCCGUAGAAGAGCAUGAAGCGGAGAUUGCUGACGAGUUGGAGCAGGGUUUUCUCCCCCGCGACGAGUGA